AUGGCGGCGACACUCACUGCGCAGUCGGCUUUGCCGAACCAGGCUUCCUUCAUGUCGCGCCAGACCUCAUCACCGCUGCCAGAUCUGGCUUCGCUUCCUAGCGACUUCCUCGAUCACCUCCUCCUCAUCACACAGACCUUGGUCAACUCGAAACCACCGCCUGCCGUGCUUCGCGCCAUGUCGCGCGAUCCAACACGGAACGAAAAGGCAUCGCAUGGCGAUGUAAACGGCAAGGAUCUAGCUGAUGACGUCGCCUCCAUCGACCUGGACGAAGACGAAGGCGAGGGUAUCGUCAGCCUGCCUCUGCCCGCCUUUCGCUCAGCACACAGCGACGAGCGCACCAAAGCCAUCGAGGACAAUCUUGGCAAGCUCGCAGAACGACUCUGGAAAGCAGAAGAUCAUCUCGAAGUCGUGGCACGCAGUCAGGAGCUCGUUCGCACGCCAGGCGCUGAGGAGGAGCCCGAAGUCCACUCCAACGGUCGGAACCUCUUCUUCGGUAAGCCUUUCCCUUAUCCGCUCUCGCACGCUCAACCACAGAGCUCCUCCUAUCCGCUCAGCUACCCGCUCGGCAUGGGUCUCAACGGGCCAGUACUGCUCGGCGGCCAGGUUUCCCGCAGCGACGAUCCCAUCGCCUCGUUCGAGCGCUACAACGACGAGAGUGGACUUUCCGCGCAGGAAGAAUUGCGUCUGCUCAAGGCUCAGGUUCAGGAUAUUGCACGCGUCUGCAAGGCCGUCGCCUUCGGAGACCUCUCGCAGCACAUCACCGUUCCCGUACAAGGUCACGUCAUGGUCGAACUCAAGGACAUCAUCAAUCAGAUGGUCGACCGACUUUCGCAUUUCGCCUCCGAGGUCACCCGUGUCUCGCUCGAAGUAGGAACACAGGGCAAACUUGGCGGCCAGGCUGAGGUGCACGGAGUCGAAGGAACCUGGAAAGAGCUCAAGGACGUCGUCAACCGCCUCGCUGCCAACCUCACCAACCAAGUACGAGGUGUCGCGCUCGUCACAAAGGCCGUCGCUCGCGGUGACCUCUCGCAAAAGAUCGAAGUCGAAGCAGAUGGAGAGAUCCUUGAACUCAAAGUGACCAUCAACGUCAUGGUAGACCAGCUUCGUCACUUUUCCACCGAGGUCACGCGUGUAUCGCGCGAGGUCGGUAGUAAAGGACAGCUCGGCGGUCAAGCGAACGUCCCCGGCGUCCAAGGUGUAUGGAAGGAGCUCACGGACAACGUCAACCGCAUGUGUUCCAACCUCACGGGCCAGGUGCGUUCCAUCGGCAUGGUCACCACCGCCGUCGCCAAGGGAGACCUCACCAAAACCAUCGACAUCGACGCCGAGGGAGAGAUGGCACAGCUCAAGGAUACUGUCAACUCGAUGGUCGGGCAGCUGCGUAUCUUUGCCAGUGAAGUCAUCCGCAUGUCUAUGGAAGUAGGAACUUACGGUAAGCUCGGCGGCCAGGCGCACGUACCCAACGUCGAAGGCACCUGGAAGGACUUGACCGAGAACGUAAAUAAGAUGGCCGACAACCUCACUUCGCAGGUGCGAGAGAUCGCACGCGUUACCAAAUGCGUUGCCGAAGGUGUCCUCACCGAAUUCAUCAACGUCGACGUCAAGGGAGAGAUCCUCGACCUGAAGCUUACUGUCAACAACAUGGUUCGCCAACUCAAGACGCUUUCCGAUGAGAUCAUCCGUGUGUCCGUUGAGGUAGGCACAGAAGGUCGUCUCGGAGGACAGGCCAAGGUCAACGACGUCAAGGGACAGUGGCAGGUGCUCACCGAGCGCGUCAACAUGAUGGCCAGCAACCUCACCACGCAGGUGCGUUCGAUCGCCACCGUCACUACGGCGGUAGCACGCGGCGAUCUCAGCAAGACCAUCAACGUCGAAGUUCGCGGCGAGUUCCUCGACCUCAAGCUGACGGUAAACAACAUGGUGGAGUCGCUGCGUACCUUCUCAUUCGAGGUGACACGUGUAGCCAAGGAAGUCGGUACCGAGGGCAAGCUCGGUGGUCGAGCCACCGUGCUCGGCGUCGGUGGCACCUGGAAGGACCUGACGGACUCCGUCAACACCAUGGCUGCCAACUUGACGCUCCAGGUGCGUGCCAUUGCUCACGCCACCACAGCGGUAGCCCGCGGUGAUCUCACGCAAAAGGUGACCAUCCCCGUCUCGGGAGAGAUGCUCGACCUCGUCAACACAAUCAACAACAUGAUUGACCAGCUCAGCUUCUUCGCCUCCGAAGUGACGCGUGUCGCCCGCGAGGUGGGUACCGAGGGCAAGCUCGGCGUGCAGGCCCAAAAGAAGGACAUCGAAGGUACCUGGGGCGAGAUCACCGACAAUGUCAACAUCAUGGCCAACAACCUCACGUCGCAGGUACGAGCAUUUGCUCAGAUCACGGCCGCUGCCACGGACGGUGACUUUACACGAUUCGUCACCGUCGAGGCUUCGGGUGAGAUGGACUCGCUCAAGACCAAGAUCAACCAGAUGGUGUACAGUCUGCGCGACAGUAUCCAGAAGAACACGGCGGCCAGGGAGGCGGCCGAGCUGGCCAACAGAUCCAAGUCCGAAUUCCUCGCCAACAUGUCGCACGAGAUCCGAACGCCCAUGAACGGUAUCAUUGGCAUGACCGCACUCACGCUCGAGACCGAGCUCUCGCGCUCGCAGCGCGAGAACCUCGUCACCGUCUCGACGCUCGCCGGCAAUCUACUUGCCAUCAUCGAUGACAUUCUCGAUAUCUCCAAGAUCGAGGCCGGUCGCAUGAAUGUCGAGGAAAUUCCGUUCUCGCUGCGAGGCAUCGUCUUUAGCGUGCUCAAAACGCUCUCGGUACGAGCAACGCAGAAGAAGCUCAACCUCAUGUACGAGGUGGCUCCCGACUGCCCGGACCCGCUGAUUGGCGACGCUCUUCGUCUCAAGCAGAUCAUCACCAAUCUCAUCGGCAAUGCGGUCAAGUUCACCGACGCAGGCGGGCGUGUCGCGCUCAAGUGCAAGCUGUCCAAGAUGGUCAACAGCAACCAGGCCAUGCUCGAGUUCUGCGCCUCAGACUCGGGUAUCGGUAUCAAGCAGGACAAGCUCGAUGUCAUCUUUGACACCUUCUGCCAGGCCGACGGCUCUACAACACGGAAAUACGGAGGCACGGGUCUCGGUCUGUCCAUCUCGAGACGGCUCGUCAACCUCAUGGGCGGUGACCUGUGGGUGCGAAGCAACUACGGCAAGGGCUCCGAUUUCUUCUUCACCAUGGUGGUCAAGCUAGACCAAAUCUCGCCGGAUCAGGUCAAGGAGAAGAUUCGACCGUACGCAGGGCGGAACAUCUUCUACCUCGACACGCUGCACGACCAGACGGGCGUGCAGGCCAUGAUCGAGGAGCUCGGUCUGAAGCCGUUCACUGUGCACAGCGUCGACGAGGCUUCGCAUCGCAAGCGCGGCAUGCCUCGCAUCGAUGCUAUUAUCGCGGACUCGCUGGCCGUAGUCGAAGACCUGCGCAACGUCGAACAUCUCCGAUACAUUCCCAUCAACCUCGUCUCGCCGGCCCAGCUGACGCUCAACUUGACCUACUGCUUGGAUCACGGCAUCAGCUCGUACAUCAACACGCCCACCUCGCUUGCUGACCUGUACUAUGCACUGCUGCCCUCGCUCGAAUCGUCCGCAGCGACACCAACGGAAGGCUCCAACGAGGUGACGUACGACAUUCUUCUUGCUGAAGACAAUGUCGUUAACCAGAAGCUCGCAUGCAAGAUCCUCACCAACCAAGGUCACAAGGUCGAUAUUGUCGACAACGGCCACUUGGCGGUGAUGGCGGUCAAGAAGCGGCAGUAUGAUGUGAUCCUCAUGGACGUCAGCAUGCCCGUGAUGGGUGGCAUCGAAGCGACUAUGGCGAUUCGAGAGUUUGAAAAGACGCUGGGCGAUGAACAGGUACCUAUCGUCGCACUCACCGCCCACGCCAUGCUAGGCGACAAGGAGAAAUGUCUGCAAGCCGGUAUGAGCGCCUACGUUUCCAAACCUAUCAGGAGGGUCGAGCUCAUUAGCACGCUGCACUCGUUACUCAGCCAGAAGAAGAGCGUCGGCGGAAGAGCCUGA